AUGGCGGCGCGCGGCGACGGCGGCGGCGGCGGGAGCCCGAGCAGAAGCAGCGGCUACGGUUUGCUCCUCGGCGUCCUGGUCACCGCUGCGGGGAGCUGUGUGGCCACCACGCACUGGAUAGUGACGGAGGACGGGAAAAUCCAGCAGCAAGUAGAUUCACCUCUUAAUCUGAAGCAUCCACAUGAUCUAGUGGUUUUCAUGAGACAAGAGGCCACAGUUGACUACCUCAAGGAGUUGGAAAAACACUUAGUAGCUCGCAAAAUUUAUAUAGAAGAAAAUGAAGAUCGGGACACCGGUUUGGAACAGAGGCAUUACAAAGAAGACUCUGACUGCAUUAAAGCUAAGGUUCCUCUUGGGGACCUUGAUCUAUACGAUGGAACAUACAUUUCUUUAGAGAGGAAACAUAUCAGCCCUGAAGAAUACAUUGAUGCAAAGACCCCAUUACCACCAGAUCUAGAAAAACCAGACUGCACAAAAAUGAUGGAACUUCCUUUUAGUAUUCAUGCCUUUCAGCACUUAAGGGGUGUUCAAGAGCGUAUGAAUCUCACAGCGCCUGUGUUAUCAAAAGAGGAUCGUAUCUUUCUUAGCUUGUCAAGACGGUUGGGUAGAAACCUAGAAGAAAUAGGGCAUCGAAUUAAUGGCGCCUUGCUCAAGAACAUAUCUUCAUGGGUAUUGUAUAAUAUGGCCUCUUUUUACUGGAGGAUGAAGAAUGAGCCAUAUCAGGUGGUGGAAUGUGCUAUUCGAGCACUGCACUUUUCUCCACGGCAACAUAAAGAUGUAGCUUUGGUGAAUUUGGCCAAUGUAUUGCACCGGGCCCAUUUCUCAGCAGAUGCAGCCAUAUUGGUCCAUGCAGCAAUGGAUGUGUCCACAGAUUUCCUCACAAACCAUUACACUCUUGGAAACAUUUAUGCGAUGUUGGGGUCAUAUAACACCUCAGUACUUUGUUAUGAUCAGGCACUGAUCAUAAAACCUGGUUUUGAACAUGCUAUGAAAAAGAAACAUGCAGUUCUAUGUCAGCAAAAGUUGGAGCAGAAGCUGGAGGCACAACACAGGUCUCUGCAGCGGACUUUAAAUGAACUGAAAGAAUACCAGAAGCAACAUGAUCAUUACCUCAGACAGCAGGAGAUACUGGAGAAACACAAAGUUAUACAAAAUGAACAGCUACUGAGAAACAUAAUCCAUGAAACACAAAUGGCUAAAGAGACUCAGCUAGGAAACCACCAGAUUUGUCGCUGGGUGAAUCAACAGCAGAUUUUGCACUGCCAGUGGGACCGUCCUGUGCGUUACACUAGGGGAGAUGUAUUUGACAGUGUAGAAUAUGUGCAGUUUGGUGAGGACAGUUCAACUGCUAGUAUGAUGGCACUUGAGAUAAGUUAUGAUAUGAAUAUGACUUGGAAUGACGAAAAACUGCAAUUCCCAACACCACCACCAGCAGGUCGAUCGGUUUUGGACAUAUGGGGAAAAGGUUCCUCCAUAUAUAACGAUAUUUUGUGGCCAAAAAGAUCGGACUGUAUGCAAUCCUAUCCAACAAUCCCCAAUCCAUCUGGUCUUCCAACAUACUUUCUACCUCCAGAAUACAAAGGUUUUGGUGUCUGGUCACUCUUGAUGCCUUCAGGAAACGAGGAUAGGGCAGGGGCCAGCCAUGUUCCAACCUGUUCCUCCAUGCUAGAUUUCCGCAAUAAUGAGAAACUUUACCAGUUAGUGAAAGACCUGGAAAAAAGACGAGAUUUGCAAUCCGGAAUACCAGACCACUAUGCUAAACAGGCUUUGUUUUACCAUUUGAAUAUUACAGAGGAGGAAGCUGGAGAGGUGAUCUCACAGGCUGUUAAAAGGAAAACUGGUCCACUAUGGUUGUUGUUGAAUGAAGCAGGUCUGUACUGGCGAGCGAUUGGGAAUACUACCUCUGCUCUUGCAUGCUUGAGACGGGCGUUGAAUUUGGUUCCAGAAGACUAUAUGGACAUUCCAUUAGUUAACUUAGCUAACCUGCUAAUUCAUAUUGGGUUGCAUCAGGAUGCCAGCAAUCUUUUGCUGAAAGCACUUGCUAUUAACAACACAGAGCCACUGACUUUUUUAAGCUUGGGAAAUGCGUACCUGGCUAUGAAGAAUGUGAGUGCAGCUCUUCAAGCCUUCAGGACAGCAUUGGCGAAAACAACAAGAUGUCUAGAAUGUGACAACCUGAACAACCUGAAAUUAAUACGUUGUUUGCAGUUUUACCCAUUCCUAUACAACCUCACAUCAUCCAAGUGCUCAGAAGGAAACUGUUACAGCGGGGAACAAGAUGUGGUAAUUGACGAGCAUCAAAGAGUCGCCAAAGCCACUAAGGAAAGAAACCGAGAGGAGGCUUCUCAUCCAUUCAAAGACUCAGUUGGAGAUUCCUCACCAUCUGACCUUAAAAAUGUAAUUGUAACAGAAAACAACAGCACUGACAGAAGUGAAAUCUCCGAAACGUUGGAGCCCUCUAAAGGUCCUCCUCCUACAGCCAACAUCUUUGAAAAUACUUGGCCCUCGGAAGAAGACCUGCUAGGAGCAUUUGAGGGAGCAUUUGAAGUCAAAGGCCAUCGGGUAGACUUGCAGGGUAUUCGGGUUUUGAAGAAGGGUGUUCAGGAUGGAGUGCCAGGAUCCUGCUUUGGAGAUUGUGAAGACGAUGACGAUGAGGAGGCAGAAUGGAUAACUGUUCAAGUUAAGCGAAUCAAGAAGCCAAAAAUAGACAGCUUGGAUACUCAGGAGUACAAUGGCCGGAAUACUGAAAAUAAUGAUGGUUAUCUGGUAAAUGAGGAAGAUUAUGGUCACUUUCGUUCUGCAUUUGAAAUAAGUGGCCCUAAGGUGCCCUCUCCAGGACCGCAAGGGAAAAGGCGAGAUUAUAUCAGCCUUGGGUGGCCCAGCCCUGAUGAAUGCCUGAAAAUCCGUAGAGUGGAACUCACAACUGUAGCUAGCACGUGGCUAGCAGUAUCAGCCAAAAAUAUAGAUAUUACAGAACAUAUUGACUUUGCUACACCACUGCAGGAACCAGCAGUGGAACCUGUGUGCAAUGCCAAUCUCCCUGCCAGUAUGCAUACCUUAGACCAUUUGUAUGGAGUGGCAAAUCGACUCAGUAUACAUUAUACUGGAGAGAGCCAACUGAAGGAGGUUUUACAGAACCUAGGCAAAGAGAAGUAUCCACCUCAGUCUUUUGAGCAGGUUGGAACACGGAUUGCCAAGGUGUUGGAGAAGAAUCAAACAUCCUGGGUGCUUUCAAGUAUGGCUGCACUGUAUUGGAGGGUCAAAGGCCAAGGGAAGAAAGCUAUUGACUGUCUACGUCAAGGAUUACACCACGCACCCCAUCACAUGAAGGAUGUGCCGCUGAUAAGCUUGGCAAAUAUAUUCCACAAUGCUAAACUAUGGGAUGAUGCAAUUGUGGUUGCUACUAUGGCAGUGGAAAUUGCUCCACACUUUGUUGUAAAUCACUUUACACUGGCUAAUGUCUAUGUAGCAAUGGAGGAGUACGAAAAAGCAAUGCGAUGGUAUGAGUCUACUCUGAAACUACAACCAGAGUUCGCACCAGCAAAAGAUCGUGUUCGUACAAUCCAGUGUCAUUUGUUGCUGAAAAAGGGGAGGCGUUCUCCAUAAGAAUGAAAACCUAAACAUGAAAAUUAGACUUAACUGUUUGCUUUCGACCAGUGAAGCUGGUAUCUGUCCGGCUGACUUGAGAGAGUUUGUAUUUGUGAGAAAUGUUUAAAUCAGUGGAUGGAAAAUCAAGAGCUCUGGGACAAAGCUUUAAAAAGUAUUGUAGGUAUCAUACCUUUUAAUAUAAUUACAGGAAAGAAAAAUUAAAUGCAUCAAGAAAAAAAAAUGUAAGUGGCAUUGAUUUUGCAUUUAAAAAGAUAAUGUACAACCGGUUCUCAGAUUGUUUAUGUAUGCAGGAUCGAGUCAGAAACUGCACUUUAAUUAUAAAUUCUUGUGGGUGAUAAGAGGGCACCUAUUUGUAGGUGAAACAAUAAACCAUUUCUUAACAA